UAUCCGCAUGUGACCAACUGGAAUCGUAAAAUCAAGGCGCAAAAGAAGAGAGAGUUGAUCUACAAAGGGGCUUUCUCCAGUGAUAUUGGUUUUCCUUUAUCGGACAUAUACUUUGAGUUCGAAGAAGCGUUUUUACGCCGUUAAAGCACUGUUCUCAAAGGUUGCCGCGGACUAUUUCGUAUAGCGGAGUUAUCUCAGAGCUCUAGUGGUCCAAAUCCCGGCGGAGGGACACAGUUGACACAAAGCUUGGAGAAAAGAGAGCUCACCGGAUUUCACGCAGGGCGGAGAAGGCACAAUAUUUCUUCGGUUUGGAACUAAACAAAAUCCGUCAAGAUGGUGGAAGGGGGCAUGAAAUGCAUCAAAUACCUUCUGUUUGUCUUCAACUUAAUUUUUGUGAUUGCCGCUAUUGGCUUGAUCAUCAUUGGAGCCUUGGUCCAAACUCGCUUCCAUGAGUAUUUCGAUUUCUUUGGAGGGAAGUUCAAUGGAGCAGCCAUAUUAUUAAUAAUUGUGGGGGUGGUCAUUUUCAUGAUCGCCUUCUUUGGAUGCUGCGGUGCCAUCCGAGAAAACUACAUCUGUACCAUGGUGUUUGCUGUGAUGCUGAUUGUGAUCUUCAUCCUGGAGUUGGCCGGGGGAAUCGCAGGCUUUGUCUUGAGGAACUCGCUUGAAGGAGAGGUACGUGACUUGAUGAUGGAAGCGCAGAAAAACUACAAUGAUACUCAGCAUGAGGGUGUUACCAAAACCUGGGACGAGGUCCAAAGAAAGUUCAAGUGCUGUGGUGUGGUAAAUUACACAGACUGGAAUGAUAAUGAAAGACUCCAUGGCGGGGUCCCAGAUUCCUGCUGCCUAGAGUUUUCAGAAGGCUGUGGCAAAGCACCAGUGAAUCCAGGCAAAAUUUAUGAUAAGGGCUGCUUGGACUUCACUGUGAACUGGGCCAAAGAUAACAUAUACAUUGUUGGAGCCGCCGGUAUUGGACUGGCCUUCAUACAGAUUGUUGGGAUCAUCUUCGCGUGCUGUUUAGCACGAUCCAUCAAGAAAGAGUAUGAAGUGGUCUAAGAUACGUUAAAAUAAGAAUUAGGACAUGAUCUGGAUUUUUGGAGUGAUGCAGUUUUGGAACUUGAUCUUGGCCCACUGUCAUAAUGAAUGGUAUAUAAGAGAAUCCAAACAUUACAUCAGGACUGGAUUGUUAUACACAAGUUUUUUUGUUCUUUUUUUUUUUUAUUUGAGAUGCCUGGAGCAUGGUGUAGGUAUGAAAUAAAAAAGAAACUGUAUAUUCAGAAUCAGGCGAUGGAAAGACAGAGGGCGUAUGAAGAUUCAAGUCCACACAUUACUCCAAGAACCUCUGACACAGCAUUGGACCAAGACAUGCUUUAAAUUGAAAGAACCAAGUUUUCAUGAAUUAUAACCAAAUUGUCUGAUCUCUGAAGUGAACAUGUAGUAUGUAUUGCUGUGGAAGUCAGCUGUACGUAAAAGAAAUUUCACCACCAAGUUUAUACGAUGCUCACAAAAAAAUUUAAAGAACUCUCACAAAUUUGCCCAACGAUGGAAUUAACAGUCUGGGAAUGUGUCUAUGAGCAAAAAUCACAGAAUGAUAAACCAAAUGGAAAAGUAAAUGAUCAGGAAUUUAGCAUGGCCUCUACACAAAUUUGGCAACAGUUUUGAAUUUGGAGUUCACAGGUGAAAUGCUGAAAACUUUAAGGAAAAGGUAGUAUGUUCAGUGCAAAGAGUUGAUAACUUGUUCUUGGGUGAUCACAAUUGUCCGCCUUAGCAUGCGUAUAACACUGUGACUUAAAUUCAAAUUGACACAAGAACAUGCAUUGCUUUUAUGCUCAGCUGUAGACAGUUAAGUAUUGUCUGUCAUUUUUUUGGA